AUGGUGGGAAGUUCGUGGUCGUCGUCUUCAUCCUGCACAUCGUCGUUCGGGUCCCUCGACGACGAUGUCGUCUGCGUCAUCAAGCCGGACUCUGUGGGUGCCCCAGCCGUCGCCGAGGGAAGCGUCAAGUUCCUGUGCAGCUACGGCGAGUUGCAGCGGAAGCUGAGGGAAUUGUGCGGCUGGGAAGCGCACCUGCGGUGCAAGCUACCGAUGGAAGACCUGGACGCGCUCAUCUCCGUGACGUGCGACGACGACCUCGCCAACCUGCUCGAGGAGUACGACGAGGCCAGCAAGGACCGCCUCCAGUCGCUCAAGAUCCGGGCGUUCCUGUUCCCAAGGACGCCGGCGCCUGCGUCGUCCAUACCGCGUAGCAGCCCGCCGUCCUCCCCGCCGUCGGAUUCCAGACCGUCACCGAGUGCUCACCUCCACAGGCAAAACACUUCCCCGGUGGCCGCAGCCCGCGUCUCGCUGACGUGCGCGCCGCGGUGGUGGGCUGCGCCCCAGGCCUCUCGCCAGGCGCAAGCGCACCAGUCGCAGAACUACGACCGGCACGGCCUUGGCGAGGAGCGGCCGCACCCGCACCCGCACCGGUACCUUGUCCAAAAUGGCAGGCACUGGCAAUAA